CGGACGAGAAGAAGGCCGAGGCCGCAUCCGGCUCUCCCUGCGUCUGUCCGCGUUUGGCAUGUCCUGAUUCUUGCGUAGGCGACCAAGGCCGCGGCCGCGCCUCAGAAGGCGGCAAAGUUUGAGCUUCCCAACCCCUUUGGGAAGAAGUGAAGGUGUACUGACCCUAGCCCGCCCCAUGCACUCCGCUCCUCGCCUCACGUCUCACGAGACCGACUCCCAUCCCCCCACCCUCGCUCCGUCACUCUAGACACGCUCCACGUCGGCAUGCUGAAGAGCGCGGGCUUCUCGCAGUUCCAAAAUGUUCGAGACCGGAACGGAACCCGCCUGAGAACACAUGAGCUCCCGCGCCUCGGUCUACCAUACGGCUCUCCUGCACCGCUUUGCGACCGACGCGCGGCUGAUCCUGAUGAACGUCGGCAUCGGCUUUUCUUCCUCGUCAUCCUGCACGCCGCGUACAACCUCGCUGCCUUUCUGACCAGGCGCGAUAUCGGCGGCUACUGGCCAGAUAUCGAGGCAGCAACUCAGGACGGCGCUGCUGCGCGCACAACGUCCUCAGCGCCGUGCUCACCGCGGUUGCUUCGCGCAGAUGAACACGGCAAUCGACGUGCGCGAGGCGGUCGAGGUCGAUGCGUGCGACGCCUUCAUCAUGCCGUCGCGCUCGAUGAGCAUAGGCUCACGAUCAAGUGCGGUGCCAGCUCGGCUUCAUAUCGACGGCCGCACCCGUCAUGGAGCUGGACGUGGCGAUGCCGGCGCGGCAUGAGGUGGCGAGUGCCAUGUCCUACUGGAUGAAGUACCUCGCACAAACAAAGGGCAUCACAUACGCGAGCGUGCAGGCCGGCUACGAGAGCGAGCCAGCCUGCCCGCGCUGGGAGACGGCGUCGCAGAAACGUAGAAGUGGCGUCGAGAAGCUGACCAUCACGAGCAUGUCGGGGCCGCUUAUCG